GAGAGAAGCAACAGCAGCAAGCCCGCUCGCUCCCUCAUACUAUGAGCGUCUGAGCAAGCACCAAGGUCCCUCACAGUCUCUCUCUGUCUCCUGACCCUCCAGGAAUAAGCUUCGGGUGGAUGUGAGCAGCGGCUAGUUCAUUCAUUUAAGAGAGAGAACGAGAGAGAGAGAGAAAGAUGGUGAAACUUGUUGAGAUGAAGAAAGAUUGUCAAAUAUGCACCAAGCCGCUGAGAGGCUGAGUAUCCAUGUUGAAGACGCACUUUGGGAAUCUCCGUAAGGUGGGUUCGGAAGGGUGCCUGCUGGACUGUGAGUUCCUACCCUGGACACGGCAGAUCCUGCACCGGUGUAAACACUUGACAGCCGACUGCCAGGAGGGGGCCAAGGAGCACUCCAAGAUGGAAGCACCUGCCACUGAGGAGGCCAAGAUGUUGGUCCGUGAGGAGGGCCAGAAGGUGAACAUUCCCGAGGUACGAAUUGAGAAGGAGUACAGCCUGAGUGUGGACACUUUGCACCAGCUGGCCAGUGACAGCUAUGAUGAAUCAGACAAGAGCUGCGACAGCCUGGGGCCUGGGGGCCAGGACACAGCCUACCGGCUGGGAGUGGAGGACCUGGGCAUGUGGCGCACCUACAGCGAUGGCAAUCUAGCACGUGAUGGGGAGAGGCGGGACUUCAUCUCCAACAGCCAGCUGAAGGGCAAACAGAAAACGGAGAGUGGCUGGAGCCUGCCUUCCCCAAAGACACUGAGGAAAGAGCGGGCAUUGGCAAGAAUGGCAGCUGCCAAGGAACACCUAUGUUCCAUCUUUACUGGGUCCCGCAAGCACCUGGCCUCCAGUGCCGAAUCUGACCUGGGUUUAGAUUGUGCAGAGAAUGGUGGCAGAUCGAGGCGGAAGAAGCAUCUGGGCAGUCGCCUGGGCUUCCUCCGGAAGUGGAACGAUGCCUGCGCUAAGAAUGAUCUGGACUCCCUGAGGCCUACAGCAGAGGAAGCCGCACAGUGGGGAGAAUCACUGGAUAAGUUAUUAGCUCAUCGAUAUGGCUUGAUGGCUUUCAAAGGCUUCCUGCGUACAGAGUUCAGUGAUGAGAACAUUGAGUUCUGGCUGGCAUGUGAGGAUUACAAGAACACCAAAUCCAAUGCCAAACUCACAUCCAAGGCCAAGAAAAUCUUUGAGGAGUUUAUUGAUACCCACGCCCCCAGGGAGGUUAACCUGGACUCUCACACCAGGGAAGUGACCUCCACUAACGUGCUAAGCCCAACUCACUCGACCUUUGACCUGGCCCAGAAGCGGAUCUUCGGCCUGAUGGAGAAGGACUCCUACCCUCGCUUCCUGCGCUCGCAAUUCUACCUGGACUUGUCGAACCCCAAGAAGCUGAACGGGGUGAUGUAGGGAGGAUUCAGGAGGUGGUGCCGGUGGGAGCGGGGGAGAUCCUGACUCUCCGUCCUCCGCACCCACUUCCGUCCUCCCCACCCCGCCUCACCCCAGGGCUUGCAUGCUGCCCCUAACCCCCAACAACCACAGUGGCUCCACCCCACCCACAGGGGACAGAACCACAUCACGUUGUCUUCGACACGUUGCCUGAGAUGUGAGGAGGACAGUGAAUGGCCAUCUUCCUGGCUGGAUAGAAUGACGCUCAGUGAUUGGCUGGUUUAAGACAGAACCGCAGUCAAGGAUAUGGUUGCUUUUCCCUCCUACCAUUGCCGCGGUGACCCUGUGGUGCCAUUGCAUGUCGAUUUAUUUUCAGACUGUAUCCAAGGUGGCCAACAGUGAAGGUGAUCCAGAUAGGAGUGUA